CCGCAAUCGCAAAUCGCGACGUGCUUGCAGCUCUUCUUGCCAGUGCGAAGCACGCGCAGCCAUCUCAAUCAUCAAUCAAUCAACCACAACCCCGCAGCCGACGACCACACACCCUCACAACAACAACCACCCACCCUACCCACGACAGAGACAACGACGAUGGCUCGCGACGUCUGCAAGCCCUUUCUCCUUCUUGGUCUUCUUCUUCUCCCCUUUCUUGUCAACCCUCCUCACUGUCCUGUAAUGGCACAACCAUCGUCGCGACAACAACCAACAGCGACACCAACAGUGACAACAGCGACAGAUCAAGACGAACCAAGCAGCGCCACAAUCACGCAUGACACCACCGGCGCACUGCACAUCAACACGAGCGAUGUUGCUGCCCAACCGGUGCUCGUGAACGGCGUGGACGUGCUCCUCACCCUGAGCGCGCAAGCAAGCACAAUCGCAGCCCAACAGCAGCGCAUACAAGCGCAGGAAUCGCAGCUGGCGGAACUCACACACACCCUGACUGCAGCGCAGCACGCAGUGGAGAAGAUCAACGCCUCCAUCUGCCGCCGGUUCCCGCAGAACGCAGAAACGGCCCCAAUCCCAGGUAUCAGCGACAGCCGCAGUUUUGAGUGGUCCGGUGGUGUGCGUGUUCCCAAUAGCGCGGAGGAAGGGGGACCCGAGCGCAUCUACUUCAUCCCGUUCAACGCGGCGUUUGUUCUCAUCUUGGAUACGGCCACAGAGACGAUGGACUCCACCUCGCUGACGUUUAGCAGAGGCAACUCAAAGUGGAUGGGCGGCGCGCUCGGCUCCAACGGCCUCAUCUACGGCAUCCCGUUCGCAACCGUUUCCGUGCUCAUCAUCGACCCUGCCACCAACACCGUCGACACAACCACCAUGGCUGGCCUGACUGCGCAGCUGAACAAGUGGUUUGGUGGCGUUGUCGCCGACAACGAGCUGAUCUACGGCAUCCCCUGGGAUUCGCCGUCAGUGCUCAUCAUCGACCCUUCCACCAACACCACGGACACCACCUCCAUCGUCGUCCCUGGCGACUACCGUCAGUGGACAUCGGGCGCGUUCCACAGCGGCACGGGGCGCAUCUACUGCCUGCCUUCUUCCUCCACCUCCAUCCUCAUCAUCGACACCGCCACGCACGCCGUCGACGUGACCACGCUCGCAAACCUCGGCACCGACAUCAACAAGUGGCACGGCGCCGUCGUGGCCAACAACGGCCUCAUCUACGGCGUCCCGUGGCGAGCCGACGCUGUGCUCAUCGUCGACCCAGCGGCCAACACCACAGACACCACCACCAUGAGCGCGCUAGGCACGGGCACAAACAAGUGGGCGGGCGGCGUGCUGGUGGCCGACGGCCGCAUCUUCGCCACGCCAGCUGCCGCCGACUCCGUCCUCAUCAUCGAUCCAGCCACAGACACGGUGGACACGACGUCCAUUGGCGGCCUCGGCGCGAGCGGGGCAAAGUGGCGUAACGGCGUGCUUGCAAGCAACACCCGCAUCUACGCGGCACCUCGGAACGAACCCACCCUCCUCAUCAUUCAGCCGGGCGUGUGCUGA